UGGAUCUGGCGUACAAGUCAGUUGUGUACAUUACAUGUUAAGAUGUUAUACGUAUACUAUUGAUAAUUGACGGGGUCAGGGCUGUAUACACGAGUUCUUACGACAGUUAUUCAUAUUGUGAAAACAUUAAACCGAUUUUGUUAGUUUCCAUCGAAACUUAAGUUGAAGAACGUACGAUGGAGGAUUCCGAAACUCUUGACAUGACGCCUCCAAUUUCCCCGCUAGUCGGCAGCGAAUUCAGUGUUUUACGGCCCAAAAUCUCUGAAAACGGCUGCUCGUUUUGGCGUUUUAAAUGCUUUAACUGUUUGGGGGAAGUGAAUUUGAAAGACAAUGUAGUACAUCCGUCUGGAUAUCUUGCUAAUGGAGAAAUAGAAUUCAUCACCUAUCAGCCUAAUCCAUAUGUUGUAGAUUCAAACUCGACGCUUCAUCUUUUUGGAUUUUCCUUCAGUGAAGGAACCGCAUUGCUAAAUUAUGCUGAUAUGCUGUUCCAACUUGUCAGAAAAGAAAUUAUGUUAUUAGAUUCAGCAUCGAAACUACAGUCCAAUGUAAUGAGUGCCUUCUCUGUAGCACCAGCAACCGACGUAGAUUAUGAUUUGAAAAGGAAAGAAAUCUGUACAUUUUUUAUGUACGUCCGGAAAUACAUCUCGUGUAUGUUUUCAGAUGAAGAAUAUUCUUGGAUUGUGGAGAAGAUAUUGCGACCUCUUCAGGAACAUUUGAAGUCUAUGAGAUUAUUCAUGAAGCAAAUAACUGAUCUUCCUGAUUACAUUAUCCACCAUUCUGCAUCAUCACAUGGCAAUAAGUGUCCACAGGCAUCUUAUCAUCUGUUCCACUUGCAUCUAGAUCUGCGAUGGCAUCAUCUUAUUUUAAGUGUACAGAUAGACAGCUAUAAAUGUGGAACAGACAUGCUGCUUGAUUCUUUGACACCCAGCUUCAGUGAAACAAGAUGCAGUAACUUUAGCAGUGAAACAGAGAAGAACAUUUUGUUGGUGAUAACAGACCUUGUGAUGCUUGCAGUUGCCAGAUUUGGAAAGAUUUCGGUAACUGAUCUACAAAAGAAGUCUCCAUUUAGUUGUACAUGUGUUAGAGAACUGUGGUUACUGCUGCUGUUCUUACUUGAUGACCAAUAUGAGAAAGGCCACGGAAAAAAUUUUUGGAUGCAUUUGGGCCAGAUAUUAAAUAAUGUACUGUCAGACAAGACUGCAGAGAGCAAAACCACCACUACCUGUGCAUCUUUAGCUGUUGCAAAGAGUGUCAGUUGUUCCAAUCGUGGAAUUUUUGUUUUGUGGUUGUUGCUGCAUCUGACACAGUUGUAUGGAUACAAGAGAGAUGGUACUUACCAGGAACAAAAUCUUCAUAAGGUUCACAGUUGCCAUGAUCAGCUCAACACUACACUUAAAUCCAUUCUGUCAAUGGAUUCUGUGAGUGAGGUGCAGCUUCGAGUUGUCCUUUCAUUGCUAAGGAAGCUCUUGUCAAUGUGGGAAGCAUGCAAUGAUCCAUUACUCCUGCUGUGGGAAUACUUCCAACGUAGACUCAAUUCAACUUUCUAUGUGCCAGGAUCUUCUCCAGAGACAAUGGCUGUUGUGAGCAAAACUGGUCAAGGACUAUUGGAACAGGUUCGAAAAUUAUUGGGUAGGGGAGCAACACGUACACUUGCAGCUCCAGUUGUAGAAAACAGCUGGGGUCUGUUUUUGUCUGUAUUGGGGAACCACUUGCAACAGUCUCCAGAACUGUGGCCACAGGUGCGUGGCCGUAUAUACUCAAAGCUGUCACCGGCAAAACUGCAGUCUCUUACAGAGACUGGCCUUUACCAUUUUGGGUGUCUGUUUAUGACAUUAGCCAUUGCAACACCUAACCUACAGGAAGUGAGCAAGAAGCUUCUAGAUCUUCUGAAGUUACUGAACAUGGAGAAGCUGGAGGUGCAGAGACAUCUGACUGUGUGGAAGAUACAACUGGCUUUGAUACAGCUACAUGUUGAGCAAGGAGAAGAUGUUGGAAGCAUUGCAGUUCCUCUCAUGAGUGAUGUUUCAACAGUAUGCAAAUCAAAAAGUACUGAUUCUGUACUCCUUAUGAGAACAUUUGUUGAAGGACUACAAGAUAUUAUUAAUGCAAGUGCAAACUUGGAACUGUCACAGGAGAAACUAUUAGGUGGCUGGAUACAGGUGUACCUUAGCUACUGCCAGUCAUCUGAUAUGUGCCGCCUACUUGAUACUCUGUUGUCUAUUGCCACAAGAGUGGAGAGCGACAGCCGUGCCCUUGGCAGCCACUGUUGGGAUGAAACCGUGCCGCAGCUUGCUUAUGCAUUGUGGGAACAUGCUUGGCCAUCUGUUAAAACAUAUUUUCAGCAACAGCCUAAGGCUACUUCAUCUGGAUCGGUUGCAGAGCCACCCAUGCAAGCUGCAGAUCUGGCUGCAGCAUUAGCUCUUCUCACACUUGGAAAGCAAAACAUCACACUUCCUGGCUCCCAGCCAUUACCACAAUUGCAGACACUGCUAUGUUCUCUCAUUGGGUCUGAUGCUCAUUUGUGGGGCAACGUGUGUCUCAUACGAAGAUUCCUCUGCCACAUACUUCAAGAACAGAGAGUGCUUGAUGUGCUUGCUGAACAACUCCCUUCUUACCAAACUGUAUUAGUGCAGGCAUGGAUCAAAUGCUCUCUGCUUUCAUCAGAAGAACAUUCAGAGGAGCUGCACAACCUAACAACAGUAGUCGCCCAGUUACCAGAAGUGUCUACUCUCUGUGCAGCUAGUGGAGGGACAUUAGGUUUGGUUGGUGAAGAACCAUUAUACUCAUUUAUCAUGAUACUAGGACGGGCAUAUGAGCAAACAACCACAGUAGCAGAGAAAAGCAGCAUGAGAGAAAGGUGUAACCGCUACUUGGCACCUAUUGAGAAGUGUUCUGCAGCAGUGCUAAAAAACCCAGCUAUCAUAUCUGGUGCAGCUCUUUUAAGGCUCUACAAAGUAUCAGCCAGUCUUGUUCUGCACUGUGGGGGUCUCUUGUACCUGAGAUCAACACCCAAUUGCCUCCUACCUAUGCUAGUCUCCCAUCUGCUGCUCCCUCAUGCAGUAUACAGACCAGAGUCACAGCUGCAUCCAAAUGUAGCUAAUGCUUUGCGGCGUACAAUUGCUGCAUUUGUAAGAGGCAUAGCUCGUUUGUACCAGAAUGGUGAUCCUUAUGUGAACCGCACUCUGAGAGAUAUAGUGUUACUGUAUGUUCCACGACUGGCACCCCCAGUUUCAGCAUCUUCUGGAGGUGUUUUUGCCAGAGUAACAAGUGCUGCACAGAUGCAGCAUCCACUAUUGGGUUGCUUUGUUGAAGACAGCAUUAUGGGUAAGGAAGCAGAAGUUAUUUUGGACCUGGUGGCUGAAGUCCAUCUCAAAGUCAGAGGAGCCACUCCCACAAGUCAGCAUGCACAAGUGGCUCUAUCUCUUGUCAUGGACCUGCUUCAAACAAAGAACUUGAGCGAUACAGUCCUUCACCUAGUUAUCAGCCGGACCCUUACAAAUCUUCUGGAAAUUGCAAUGUUUGUGGAGGAGAAAAAUCCUUGUAAGAAACAAGCUGCAGAUAUUAUACGAGUGAUUGUCACAUCAGCUGUAUUCCAGAAUACAUCUGAGUUACAAUCACAGUUUGUUGCAAUUGUGGCACGAAUUUGUCAGCACCACUUAGCCUUCAAUACCCAGCCUUUCACACGCCUCAUGAUAACAUUGAGCAGUGUGUCACCAGUAAUAGUUACCAAUUGUCUUCCACAUAUCAAAGAGGCAGUUACACAUGUGGAAAGGCUGCGUGGCGUCGGUUAUGAUGCUGGUCUCAGGAGAAGUUUAGAGAAGAUAGAAGAAGCCGCAGCUUCCUCAAGUCAUGGGACCAUGUAAUGGGCCACAUUGCUGCAUCAGCAUUAGUAUCUUCACUUGCAUCAUUCUGCCAAUUUACAUGAUGUAUAAAACUUAGCUUUUUGUACAUGUUUAUUUAUUUAUUGUUGAAAAGCAAUGUUACAACGAUCUUAGCGUGGUUUAUAGUUUUAUAUGUGUAUAUUUGUAAAAAAAAAAAA